AGAAUAUACUACUGCCGCGGCGUGUGCGUGUCUCUGACGACCCGCGCCCGCCGCUGGAUGGUUUGGCUCGUCUAGCUUCUUCUUCUUCUCCCGCGGAGGCGCCGCGCCGCGAUCCGGACGCCCGGGCGGUCACCCGCCGGCGGAGCGCCAGGCUAGUUCUCGCUCGGCCGCAAGGAGGGGAGAGAGACAGCUCCGUGGACGUAUUUAAGGUGGUCGUUGGGGAUUGGUGUCGCGUAGGAAAGGGGGGAGGAGACACGGAGACACGGUAGGCGGCGUCGGGAGCUGCCAUUAACGCUCGGCUGGCCACCUGGGCAUGCGGAUAGGCACGGCUCCGCCGUCCGCAUGGGAUGCCUCUGACCGCGACGCAGGGAGCCGGAUGCGAGAUGGGGGGCGACUCGAAGCGCCAUUUCUUCCCGCUUACCAGCUUGCAAAUCGGGGAUCUACAGUCAUAUCUUGCAGAACUUACUAUAUUUCUGUGCCCUGAAACCAAGAAAUUCCUUAUAUUCCUCGACAACCGCCCAUGGCUGCUUGACCAGAACACAAAACCUGCUCACCUGUGGCAAUUGAUGGUUACGAAGUCGAGACUUUCUCCUUUCGCAAACACUAGAACUAGGAGAAAGAGAGAUGAAGUUGGGACAAAGCUUGUAUUUUCAAAGGGCCAAAUAUCUACUCCCCGUUUGUGGAAUAAAUCAUCCAAAUGGUAUACCUUGAUAGAUGAUGCCAUGCGGAAUAAGAAGCUUCAAGUAAAUAAGUUGAAGGAUUCUCGCAUGCUGAACAGGGAGCUGCAUCGGACUUUAUAUGGUUUUAUCAUUUUUGAGGUAGACUGGGCUGAUGUGCGUGGCAUUAAUUAUUUGAAUGAACUUCAGACUGAUACAUCAAUGGCUGUGGAAGCUAAAACCAUGAAACGAUGGGAAUUUGAUAGUGUUAAUCAAGCUUCUUCUUUAAUCUCUUCUUGGUUCUCAGGAAAUUACUCUGAAUGUCAGCUCUUACAAGACUAUUUUAACAAUAUCUCUCCUAAAGGUGAUGUAUUUUAUGAUGCUCCGAAUGACUUCAUAACACCUGAAUGGGACAGUGAGAGUGUACAGAGUGAUGGUGAUGACUCUGGAGAUGUUCAAUGUGCUAGGGUGUUGUCCAAUUUCACAAGCUCAUCGUACAUCCCACCACCUCGCUCUGGACCUUACAAGAGGAGAAAGAUAAUAAGAUCUGAUGCUGGUAGCAGUAUGUCAGAAGAAUCAUACUCAGAAAUUGUGACGUCACCAAGAUAUUCAUCAUAUACAUCUUCAUCAUGUUGCAGCGAUAAUGACACUGGCAAGCCACUGUUCGAGCCUAGUUCUUACAAGGAUGUGUUGAUCUUGUUCCGGUUCAGUGAUCACGAUCUCCCAUUCAGACUGAAAGAAGUUAUAUUGUCUGAUGUUAGGCUGCUAACAUUACUUGAGUAUGGCCUUCCUUCAUGGGUCAUUUUUUUUCAAUCAUAUCCCGUGUUCUGCAAGAUAUAUCGCCCAUGGAUGUGUCCUCUCGCCAGAGCAUUAUAUGUCGUGAUGUCAUUAAUUACUGUUCUAAUAGGAUUUUAUGAUCUCUACAAGAAUGUCCCCAUGUUGAAGGCAACUGCCUCAAGAUUAUUUGGCCCUUUGUUUGAUUGGAUAGAGACAUGGGAGAUGAUCUCGAGGCUGAAGUAUCUAGGAACCAUGCUCUUUCUGCAUAAUUUCCAACAGGCUUUUACAUGGUCUCUUAAGAUUGUACAUGCAACCAAGUCUGUUCUUAGUAUUUUGACAAAGCCAAUUAUGGGGCCAAUUUUGGAGGUUCUUGAGUUUACUCUGCCACUAUGGAACCUGUGUGCUGAAACAGUAGAUUAUCUGAGUUCAGCUAUCAUGAUAGCAAUGGAGACUUCAUGCAGUGCAGUUAUCAAUACCAUGCAGAUGGUUAUGUGGCCAUUUUGGCUUGUCUUAAGUACCGUCCUUAAUAUUGCGAAUUCAGUUCUGUUCCCUGUAUUUUGGUUCAUUGGAGAGAUACUAGCUGCACCUAUCCGGCUUGUUGUUGCUCUAGCAAGUUUUGUAGCAGACUUCUUUGAUGAUAUUGUUGAUGUUCUCCGGCAAACCUGGUCGACACUAAGUUCAUUGUAUCAAGUUGGAUCUGCAUCCCGAGCACCUGGGCUUACAUCGGAAACUUCCAUUUGGGGAUCACUCUGGAAAGAUCUUUUGUAUCAGAUUUUCCGUGCAGUCCGGAGUAUUUUGUAUGGUUUUGUUGCGUUCUUCUCAGCAUGCAAUAGACAUCGGCUCAGCAUUUACAGUCACAUAGAAGUACUUCUCCGGCACCUUUCUUGUGCCUUAACUGGCAGACGAUGUACCACUUCUUAUGAAGGAACUCGGAAGUACGCUAGUCAAAAUCAUCCUCAAAGGAAAGCAAAGGAAAACUGAGACGAGAUGACAGUUAGGUUAGCAAAUUAACAUGCAAAGUAAGUAACUAAUUCAGGCUGAGACGAGAUAACAUGUGGAGUCCUACUCGACUGAACCUUCGCGAGGAACUUGGUUGGAAGAGUCAUGUACAGGUCAAAUACAUAAACGCUGAAUGGUUCGUCAGAUAACUCCAAUCAGCGUGUUCCCUCCGUAAAGAGGGAAAUUAAUGAAGCUGAAGCAAAAUCAACGCAGCUGGACGUUCGCGGAAUUUGUCGUUGUUUUUCCAUUGUAAUGUAAUAGGCUGUAUAGUAGGUUCGUGCAUAUAUCCACCAAUAACGUAACAACAGCUUUGUAAUUAUAUAUGAGUCAGUAAUGUAUUUAGCUCAGCUACCUAGUUAUGGAAAUCUCGCUGAUAUA